AUGGUGCUAGGAUGCAGAAAUUUGGAGUGGAGGACUGUGAAGGCUGAGAUGGACUUGAAGUUGGCUAAGAGUCAAGGGUACCUCAAGAACAAAUUGCAGCAAGUUGCCACCGUCCCUGCUUACUUCAUUAACUCGCAUUGUCAAGCCACAAAGGAUAUUGGUUUCAAUUUCGGCCUCAAUGUGAUGCGUAUUAUCAAUGACCCAACUACUGCGGCUAUAGCUUACGGGCUUGAAAAGGAGGCAAGCAGUUUGGGUGAAACAAAUGUGCUCAUCUUCGACUCAUGUGAUGGGACAUUUGACAUCUCUCUUCUCACCAUUGAAGAGGGUGUCUCUGAAGUGAAAGCCACAGCUGAUGAUACCCACUUGGGAGGUGAAGACUCUGAUAGCAGGAGGGUGAACCAUUUUGUUUAG